AGAGGGUGGGAGCGCGUGCUGCUGGGAGUUGUUCGGAGGUUGGCGGCGCGGGGCUGAAGGUCCUCAGGCAGAGUGAUCAUGUCGCACAAACAAAUUUACUAUUCGGACAAAUACGACGACGAGGAGUUCGAGUACCGGCAUGUCAUGUUGCCCAAGGACAUAGCCAAGCUGGUCCCUAAAACUCAUUUGAUGUCUGAAUCUGAAUGGAGGAAUCUUGGUGUUCAGCAGAGUCAGGGAUGGGUCCAUUAUAUGAUCCAUGAACCAGAACCUCACAUCUUGCUGUUCCGGCGGCCACUGCCCAAGAAACCAAAGAAAUGAAGCUGGGGAGCCACUUUUCAGCCUCAAGCUUUACACAGCUGUCCUCACUUGCUAACAUCUUCCUGAUGACAUAAUUGUGUUGCCUUCUUGUUUCUCACUUUGAUAUUUAAAGGAUUUUCAAUACACUGAAUGUGCUGGUGACUGCUUUGCUUCUUGAGCAGAACUGACAGGAAGGACCACAGCCCAGCUGGAUGAGUGAGUGCUCUCUGGGUUGCAGCCUCAGCUAAGUGUGACCCCCAAAACCUACGUGAGCUCUGAAUCCAGCAGCACACGCUUGACAGAUGGAGAAAGCAUCUGAGAAUACGACCACGGCUAUUACAGGGAUUGUGUAAACUUGGCUGUUUUGGGUUUUUUCCUGCCAGGUGUUGUGUGUAUGUUGAUUUAUGUUUCAGUAUAUUGGAAACUUCCAUUUUAUUCCAAGAAAUCUGUUCCAUGUUAAAAGCCUUGA